AUUCAAUAAACAAUGUCACCACUCUUUGGGUUUCAUUGCUAGCGGUCAUGAGCAUACCAUAUCCAUGAGAAGUCUGUGACAGGUGAGGACAGCCGUCGAGAUCAAGCGGAGACCAUGUACUUCCCCACGUCAGCUGCAAGACAACUAUGCACAGUCCCUACCGUCCCCGACGCAAAAGCAGAAGCCCUCUUAUGCAUCGAACCAAGUCCUCGAAAAUCGCUAUUUUGUGCCCUCACAAGAAACGAGCUGACAGUCUGGCGUGUUCGGCCUUCCGCCCCUCUGGCGUAUUUAGCGAGGUCAGAAACGUCCCUCAGCGAGCACGGCGAGAACGUCGCCGUGUCAUGGUCCCCAGACGGGAGUCGCAUAGUCAUUCAGACUACCCGCCCAUACCUGGUACUGGUCACUGUCGAGUAUGUUCCAGAGAUCUCCGCGUAUCAUGCCCCGGAGAUUGCGCAAGGUGCUCAGCGCAAGUUCUUAGCUGGCCCCGGGGAGGCACAAGCACUUCAGUCAUUGAGUCUUGCGUUUGAAGGAGUCAUACGCACGGAGGGUAAUGUCAUUAGCGUUCUUCCAUGUAAGCACUACAUGUUAUUUUCGACCGCUUCUCCCCCUGCCGUACAACGCAUCCCUUGGCCUGCAUAUGAUGACAGCGACAGUGGUGGCCUCCUUGUGAAGCAGUCGUUCGUAGGGUGCAAUACAUGGGUACUCAAUGACGAAGAACUGCCGUGGUUAGUAGAUCCCGAUGUUACGGUUACGGAGAUCCAGCAGCCAGCGGCAGGGGUGGAAACAUGGAUCACUUCAGAUGGACGGGUAUACUUUGUUCGUUUACAAGAGAGUAGAAAUUCGGACAGUGGUAGUGACGAGGGAGAUGCAGCAGGUUUUGGUGAGGCCAGCUCCCUUCAGGAAGGUCACCGCAGCUCCACACCCGAACUCCAGCAACACUGGCAGGGUACUUGUGUCCACCACUACGAAGUCCCACGAUGGGUCCAAAAGUCACGGCGGGUUGAAAGGGACAGCUCCGUGCGUCCAGCGUACGUGGAACCCCGACGUGCAACAAAAGUGGCUGUGAACGCCAGAUUUUCCCUGAUUGCAGUAGGAACUCUUGGUGGGAAUGUUGAGUUCACCACUUUCCCCAUCUCAGGAUUUCCCCCGCAACCUGAAAUUGUUGAAGUCCCUAAUCUUUUAAACCGACCACGGGGGGAAGUCCUGACGUUGGAGUGGAGUUCGGAUGGUUAUGUCCUCGCUGUUGGUUGGCACCAUGGCUGGGCGAUCCUAAGCAUAGGGGGGCGCUGUCUGGCAUCCAAUUUCGGUGUCGACGGUAACCUCGAUAAAGGGAGAUUACAGGAUAUGUUCAUGCACGGCAUACGGGAUCUUUUUUGGGGGCCUGGAAAUUUCGAACUGGUUGUGCUUCCUAACUCUCGCCCGACUAAAACGGAUGGCCAAAUAUUUAUCCUCCCUUUCGCCAAAAGCGCAACGACAUCCCAACUCUCGCCAGACAACACGCGAUACGCGUUUCUCCAGUUGGACGACCGUGCACUCGUGUACCGUGGAGCUGACCAACCAGACAUGAGUGUAAUCAAUCCGGAGUCUGAUGUCUGGCAACAUAUCAAGGUUCCUCAGCCGUACUUGGCCUCGAAUUGGCCUAUCAAGUACUCUGCACUAAGUAAUGAUGGUCGAUUGGUCGCGGUUGCCGGUCGUCGUGGUUUAAUCCAUUACAGUGCAACCUCCGGUCGAUGGAAAGCUUUUGCCGAUUUCAGUCAAGAGCAAUCCUUUACUGUGAAGGGUGGACUGUUAUGGUUUCAUCACGUCUUAAUCGUUGCUGUUGAGAUGGCUAAGUCAUAUCAGAUACGCUUGUAUUCGCGCGACCUUGAGCUGAGCGACCAGAACGUGCUUUACCGCGAAAUAAUUGUGUCGCCAGUAGUUAUCCUCUCCUUGGUGGAUAACUCGUUGUUGGUUUAUACUGCAGACAACAUGCUCAGCCACUAUUUGAUCAUUCCCACUUCUGACGCGAUCCAGCUACAUUACUGUGGUAACAUCACCUUCAAUGGGGUCAUUGCUGCACCCUCUUCUGUUAGAGUGUUGAGCUGGAUGAUUCCAAGCGCACAGAAACAGUUCGGUGAUCCUGCGGAUGAUCUUGCAGUAGCUACUGUUCUUUUGAUGGUUGGCGGCCAACUUGUGCUGCUCCGGCCGAGGAAGGGGGAAAAUCAGGAGGUGAAGUAUGACAUGCAAAUUUUUGCGGAUCGGAUCGAGUUUUGUUGGAUACAUUUGCGGGGCAUUGGGGCUCUCGAGAAUUCGCUAUGGGGCUACGAUGGGCGAGGUAUGCGUGUAUGGCUCAACGCCCUUACCAUGGAGUCGCCUUCAUCGGCUCCUCACCGUAUCAAAGAAAGUGUUAAUAUUCCGCUCGAUUUUUACCCAUUAUCCGUACUCAUGGACAAGGGGAUUAUCAUAGGCGCUGAAUCCGAGUUAAUUGCACGAAACAACCUUCCAUUCGUGAUAUUCAGACAAGCAACUAGUUCUCAUCUGUUCCUUCAUCAUAUUUUGCGGGUUCAUCUGGAGUCAGGCCAGGUGCGAGAAGCCGUCCAACUUGCGACACAAUAUCAGAAUCUUGUCUAUUUUGCACAUGCACUUGAGAUCCUUCUUCAUAUUAUAGUGGAAUCCGAGGAACCAGGAGAUUCGCCCGGUACAUCAUUGCCUGCCGUGAUAGAAUUUCUAGAUCACUUCGAUGUUGCAUUGGAUGUCGUUGUUGGUUGUGCGCGGAAAACGGAGGUCACAAGGUGGAGGCGACUCUUCAAUGUUGUUGGGAGUCCUCAGAAACUCUUUGAGAUAUGCCUUGCGACCGGUCGACUGAAGACUGCAGGUUCCUACCUGCUGAUUUUGCAUAACCUUGAACAACUUGACGAAAAUAACGAAGAUGUCAUCCUGCUUCUACGCAACGCUCUGGAUGCUCAAAACUGGCAGUUAUGUAGAGAGCUUUUGCGAUUUCUGCGCUCUGUUGAUGAUUCCGGAGUCGCCCUUAGACAUGCAUUGGCAGAGACUGGUCUAUCAGCAGAGAAACUCCGUCCAUAGCAUGAUGUAUAACAGCUUCAUCGCGAUGCGAGUGGCUAAGGUAGUCUACAUAGUCCUAGUCACCAUCCACUCUCUUUCGGUUGUAAUUGUAGCAUUGUGUCGUGGCGGAAACUAAUACCCAGCCUCUACUGAGGCCAAGACACUAGACAAAUGCUAACGCUAGAGCGCUAAAGCUCGGGCUCAAGUUCUACCAAAUAAUUGAAUUGCACGACACCUGCUGUGACCUCUGUACUAAAACUCGCUCCUGAUGGCAGUUAACCCUAACCAGGUUAUGCCAAGAUGGAGAUCGGCGAUGAUAUCUCUUA